CUCCAGGCCAUGCAGAACGGCGAAUGGGUGUUGCUGGACGAGAUGAACUUGGCCUCUCAGUCUGUUCUGGAAGGUCUCAAUGCCUGUCUUGAUCAUCGUGGCGAGGUAUACAUCUCAGAACUUGACCAGGUUUUCAGGAGGCAUCCUGAUUUCAGGUUGUUCGCUGCACAGAACCCUCAUCACCAGGGAGGUGGUAGAAAGGGUCUUCCCAGCUCCUUUGUGAACAGAUUUAUCGUCGUUUACGCCGACACCUUCACAGCGGAAGACCUUCUGCUUAUUGCCCAACAUAACUUCCCGACUAUCCCGACUGAUGUUGUAAGCGGAGUCAUCCAGUUCAUUUCUCGCCUGGAUCACCAAGUCGCAAUCGAAAAGGCAUUUGGCGCACACGGCAGCCCCUGGGAGUUCAACUUGAGAGACAUUCUGAGAUGGCUGCACCUCGUAGCCACCAAGGAUCCCCUUCUGGCUACUGGCAAGCCAGAUGACUUCCUUGACCUCAUCAUCCGCCAACGUUUCCGAUCUUCUACGGAUCGUGAUGAGGUGAACAAGCUCUUUGCCGAGGUCUUUGCGAGGGAGCCAGAAAGCCAUAGUCUUUAUCACGAUACCAACGCGGCCUUCUCUCAAGUGGGAAAUGCACUCCUGCCUAGAAACCAGACUUCUCAACCGUUGGAAUUGCCAGGCAUCGACAUCGUUCCGCGCCUGCCUGAGAUUGAGUCCCUGAUGAUCUGCAUCAAGCAAGACAUCCCAUGCAUCCUCAGUGGACCCUCUGGUAGCGGAAAGUCGGUGCUCCUCGAGCAUGUCGCCGCUCUCGUCGGCAAGCCCCUCGUUGUGUUCCCUCUGAAUGCUGAUAUCGAUACAAUGGACUUGGUCGGUGGUUUUGAACAGUCAGAUCCUCUUCGCGAAGUCAACGCUACUUUGCGCGAGCUUUACGAAGGCCUGCAGAUCACAGUCCUGACCAGAGUGCCAAGUCAAGUUCCGUCAUCAGCGCUGGCUCUGCUGUAUCUUUUGGAGACCUACCGUGGGGACACCGAUGACCUGCCCGCCAUCAGGAGUGCAGUUGAACAAUUGCUUGCGGAAGUAUCUAGUGAAUCGGACAUUGGGGCUCUUCUUUACACGGCUCAUUCGGUUUUGCGGAAUUCGUUGAUUGUCAGCAACCCCCGUUUCGAGUGGCUCGAUGGCGUCAUUGUCAAGGCUUUGGAGGCCGGACAGUGGCUGGUUCUUGACAAUGCCAACCUGUGCAACGCCUCCGCUCUGGACAGACUCAACUCGCUGCUUGAGCCCAACGGCUUCUUGAGCAUCAACGAACAUUGCGGACCUAAUGGCGAGCCUUGCAUCAUCAGACCUCACCCGGAAUUCCGUAUCUUCCUCACCGUCGAUCCCCGAUAUGGAGAACUCUCGAGAGCCAUGAGAAACAGAGCUGUUGAGAUCCAUCUCAGUGAGAGGAAGACGCAGAACGUCAACAGCUCCGGGUCUCAGGUUCACGUGGAAAGCAGCCUGCAACGAUUCUCUUCCUCAAAGGCCAUUUCCUUCACGGCCUUGAGUACGAAUGACUCAUCCGACGUCAGCCAUGCCACUUUUGGAAACCUGUCGCUCAGAGACACAGCGCUAAUGGAGAGAUUCUCUCAAUCUCUGCGCCGUGGCCUGGCUGAUGCUAGCUGGCCCGGACUCGACAAGUACGAAGGUUCCCUCAAUGAGCAACUUGCGUUCCUUGAUGCUGCCGAUACGGCCAGCCUCCGUGGUGCAAUUUCCCACCUCUAUGCCAAACUGCCCGGCUCCGACUCGGGUCUCAGAGAAGCCCAGCCUCUUAAUCCUCUUCACAACGCUUCCAUGGCGAGAAUCUUGGGCCGCAACAACGACGAGUUGCCUUUCUGGCUUUCUGUCUGCUACGAAUUCCUCUUGGAGGUCCAGCGUUGCCAAUCUGCCAUCUCUGCGCAAGCCACCAAGGCCAAGGCGGUGAAGCUCGCUUCUCUGAACCGACUCCAGCGAUCCAUCGUCUCGGACCGCAUCGCAGCAGUAGCAAAGGACUCAACGGUCAGGGUAUCGAAGUUCCUCUCAAGAACCCUUCAGAUCAUCAAGUCCUUCAUCCAGUCCAACCUUGCGACAGCCCAAGGCUGGAAGGAACGCGCCCAAGUCAUCCGGAAUAUGCUGGACUUCUGGUGGCGAACCCUCCACCUGACAACCGGGGACUUGUUUGAGGAAGCACGCUUCCAGGCUCACUUAGUCCAUGGCGUUGAGGCCGUGCAGAAGCUGAUUUCGUCAGAAACACAAUCCAUCAACAAGCAGCUCGCCGAUCGCUAUCUUCAGACCGUGGAAGAAGACUUCACCACUGGCUUUCGCCUGACCACUGGCUUGAGCAUGGAGAUCAUGUGGAAGCGCAUCAAGCCGCUCCCCAUCAUGAGCGAAGAGAUCCUCAAGAGAAGUCAAGAGAUUGAGCGUCUGGGCAUUCGACUUGACGAGCUCAAAUGGAAGGUCAAGGCAUCCGUCUCUGACCUCGCCAGAGCCAUGUCAACCCUCGUCAAGGCGGAUCAGAUUGUGCGAGGCACUGAUCUCGACGCCACCGAGCUCAUUCAGGACCUCUCCAAGGAGAUUGAACUUUUGGAAACCAAGGUUGGCUCCGAGACCAGUGAAGUGAAACCAUUCUUCGCGGCAGAGUUCGAAACCCUCCGCCAGGCUUCCCUCUUGAAAUCUCACGCCGGCCAAUACCUGGAAGCUGUGCCAUACGGCGCCAACGACGCUGAACUUACGGUCUUGUCGAAUCAGAAUACCAUCGGCCAGAUCCGCCUAGGCAGCUUCCAGUCUAGAGAAGCGCAUUCACUUACAAUUGGCCAGCUCGCGUCCCAAGACCCGGGCACUCAUGUGUGGAAUGGCAGACUCGCAACGUCGCUCUUGUCAAGACUCAACUCGAUUCAAUCAACUAGUCUGCGUUCCUUGGGUCUUUUGGAGACCGAGCUCCCUGCCUUGGGCCGGUCCGUGGCCGCCUUGGCUCCGGUGCUGCAGAAGAAUCAAAUCGUUGCUCUCAACAGAGUAAUCAAGUCACUUCUCGCAGAUGUUUUCAGCCUUUAUAGCGAUGAAGGAGACGUCCACUGUGAGACGCUAUACAACAGAAUCAACCAACUGUUCGAGGACAACAAACAAGACGACACUUUGGGCACUGUGGGAAAAGUCCUAGGUCUUGGGUUUGGGAAGGCGCUUCAGUGCAGCGACUGGCCGCAACAUCUGCCGCGGCUUGUCGAGGACCACUUCAGUACAGCGAUGCUUUACGUCGUCGCAUCUGACAGGUUGUUUGAAAACCCCGAUGAGACGGAGGCCGAUGAGGCCUCCAUGAUGCCCGCGUUUACUGCCAUGGCAUGGUCCGAAUUUGCCAACGGCGCCAUCAGACUCUACGUGCCCGACAAAUCUUUCGACCCGCAGCUCCGGCCGCAAUUCGAAAAAGACGUCCAUGAUGAGUUGACCAACCAGCUGCAGCAUAAGCUCUCAUCUUUGUUGGACUUUGAAACCCAAUUCACUGGACAGCAGACCUCUCUUCGCAUCCAGCUUGCGGAAGAGGAAGUGACCGCACUGGGACCUGCGCCAGCACCGGCGCAGCUGUUGUACCGACCGGUUCGAUCAGAACUCAACUAUGUUCAGACAGACUUCAACAACGUCCUGAAAAUGGUUAGAGACCAAGAUCUCUACAACACCCACACCAAAUUCGUCUACUUGCCACCUGGCUAUGAACCGGCGCCGGAGAUUGGUCUCCUUAAGCAGAACCUAGCUCUGAUGAUUGACCGCCUUGCCAAUCGAUUCCAUGCCUACCAAGAUAUGACUCGUCCCCUCGUCAAUCUUCUCGGCUGUAUCCAGGUUGGUCUUUCGUUGAGUACAGGACUUAUCACCUUGAGGGAGCAAAAGGGAUAUUUGAGCCCGGAGGAAAACCUCAUGUGCCUCACGCCUUUCACUGGCGGCCUGCCGUACCACCACGGGCUCAAAAAGAUGCCGAACAAGAGCUUGGAGUUCCUCGACUACACUGGUCUGAUCGCCUCAGUCGAGGGCUUGUCUAAGUUGAGCGGUGGUAUCCGCGAAGCCCUCUUUGAAUGCAUCCACAGGUUCUACCAAGAAUGGGUCAAGAAACUCGAAGAAGACCGCAAAGCCGAGGAGGCCAGAACAAACCUUUACCGACACAAGGGAAGCUGGGAGGACGAGGAGGAGGUUGACGAGGAAGAGUUCAACGAGCUCUUCCCCACGUAUGACCAGGAAGAAGAAAAAGAGAAGCCCGCCAUUGGCCACCAGAAGGUUCGCGAUGUGUCAGUCCGUCUGGCAGAAUCUCAUCGCAAGGUCUUCCUGGAGCAAGCCACCCCUUCGGAAGCACUGACGAACGUCUGCAAGAAGGUCGGGAACAGCUUUGCGGCGGAAAACAAAGACAAGUACGCUGUCCUGCCGAACAUGACGCGUCGUCUCCUCCCCCUGACUCUCUGGUCCAUUGACGAGCAAAUGACCACGCUCACCGCGAACGGCGUGAGCGCUACGUACAACUUUUACACCCACGCCAACCUGCCCGAGGUUCGUCGCCUGAUUGCGCUCGUCGACAAGGUAGAGGCCCGCUUCCGGGAUCUCCAACAAGUCGAUGAGAUCGGUCACAUGCAGCCUUUGGCGGAUGUGCGCGCAGCUUGCGACCAGCUCCUCCAGCUUACCCACUCGGAGCCCCUGGCAAAGAUUCUCCCCAAGCUGGAGCACCUGCACGGCAUCGUCUACGAGUGGCAGCACGGAGGCUACGCUCCCGCCAUCUACGGAGCCCCUGCUCUCUACACAUCGCUCACGGAUACCAUCAUCAGCUGGAGACGCCUGGAGCUUUCGACCUGGGCGAAGCUCUUCGAUAUGGAAGCCCAGAAGUGCACAGCAGACGCCGACUCGUGGUUCUUCGUCGCCUACCAGGUCCUCAUUGCCACGCCUCUGUCUCUUGUCGACUCCCCCGAGCUCAAGGACUACGCGGUCAAUCUCGUCAGAGAGCUCGAGACGUACUUCUCAACCGCAAUCAUUGGCCAGUUCUCUGCCCGCCUUAGACUCCUGAGACAGCUGCAAAAGCACCUUGAGCUGCUCACUGUUGACUACCCUUCCUUGUCAGUGGUCUCUGACGCGGCUAUCAACUUCAUUGGCUUUUACUCCCGCUUUGAGAAGAUCGUUCACCAAACGAUUGUGAAGGGGCGGGCGCCGUUUGAGAAGACCAUGAAGGAGGUCGUGCUAUUGGCCAGCUGGAAGGACACGAACAUCAACGCCCUACGUGAGAGCGCACGCAAGUCUCACUUGAAGCUCUUCCGUCUUGUUCGCAAAUUCCGCACUCUUCUCGGACAGCCGAUGAAGCCAAUCCUGGACCAAGGCAUCCCCGACGAGGACAUUCCCAUUUCCCAGGACGUAGUGGCCGCGGACGUGAUUGACAUCAAGGUCGAUCCCGCAGCUAUUAAGACCUGCGAUCAAGGCUUGCCAGGCUGGCUCGCUCAACACAAGCGUCUCUCGAACGCCUCAAAGACAUUGUCCAUCAUGGCCGACGUUUCUGCCCAGGCGAACCAGAGCCCCCUCGACGCCACCCAGGAGAUCAUCUCGUACGUUAAGGAGCUUAACACCUCCAUCGCUGAGCUGCGAAAGGAGACGCCCAGCACCUUGACCGAUGAGACCAAGGACCAGGUCAAGCACCUCAAGACACGCAAGCGCAACCUCUUUGCCGACGUGCUCAAGAUGAUGAGGCAGAUGGGCUUCCGAUACAACCUCGGAACCGACGAGUUGGCCCGACAGGAGUCCGCUGCUGUCGUUCUGGCUGGCUCACCCGCCUCUGCUGUGCGGGAGGGCAGCACUGACGACACGGCCGAGUACUACUUUCACAAGGUCGUCGACAUCGCACCCAAGGUCAGAGCCUCGAUCCACGAGUACUCGGGCGAUCUGACCGGUGCCGAGAUGCAACGAAGCACCGGUUUCAUGGAGGGUAUGAUGGCCGUGUUACUAGGCCAGCACAGCUCUCUGUCCUCUGCUCGUAGCGCAGUUGCCUCACUCGACCGCGCUAUUGCCACCGUUGAAAGCUUGAAGGGCACAACGAUCAGGCACGAUAUCGACCGCAUGCCCGCAGGCCUCUCUACGAGCUGGAUGAAGCCAAUCCUGGACUUUGCUAUCAAGAUCGUGGACAUCCACGGCAAAUUGGCAUUGGUCGACAACCAACCCAUUUCAAACAUCCUGCGUACUGCGCUGCAGGAGUUCGAGACCCUGUCGGAGAGCUGGUCUACAUCUGCUUCAAAGCACAACAAGUUCACCAACGAAUCGCACGCAGAUUUGCAGAAAAGAUAUUUUUCCGUGGCGGAAACCUUAUACGGAGAGCUUCCUACUAGUCGCCGCGAUCUUGACUUCAUCUUGGAGCAGGUCAGGGGAUGGAUUCACGUUCCAAAUGGCCAUGCUCGCCAAUUGCCGGCCCUCGAUGCCACCGCACAGAAAUUCAAGCAUGCAAUCUCCAGUCUGUGUGAUGCCGUUCUGGUCGCGGUUCAAGGAUACAAGAAGGCCAUGGCUGAUCUGCCCAGCUCGUCCGACGAUGCAGGCUGGUUGGCAAAGACAUCCACCGUCCGCAGCUCCGGACUGAGCGCACUCCACAUCAACACAAUCGUAGGCAAGGUCGAGGACUGCUUUUCCGCCUUGGAGGUUGUCGACUUGGACAAGGAUCAGAUGGGUGCAGUUGCCUCAUCACUCUUCUCCAUCGUACUCCCGAUUCUUCAGCAGUACGCUCUCACCUGUCGCCAGAGCCUGUCUCAGCUUCAAAACCUGCAAGCGGCGACUGGCUACAUGACGUUUAAACUUGCGCAGACUUUUACUCAGCUUGCCGCCAAGGGCUUCUGCUCCCCUCAAGAAAAGUCAGACGAGCAGUCUGGGGACUCUGGAAAGAUGGAGUCCGGAACGGGUCUCGGAGACGGAGACGGCGCAGAGGACAUUAGCAAAGACAUUCAACCUGAUGAGGAUCUCACCGAACUUGCUCAAGAACCCAACAAGGAGAAGGAUGGAGAGAUGGAGGACGAAAAGGAUGCAGUCGACAUGGCGGACGAGGAGAUGGAAGGAGAAAUGGGCAGUGUUAAUGGAGAUGAUGAGGAAGACAAGUCCGACGGAGAAGGCGAAGAUGGUGAAAAGGAUGAGAUGGAGGAAGAGGUUGGCGAUGUUGAUGACUUUGACCCCACUGCCGUCGACGAAAAGAUGUGGGAUGGAGACAAUGAAGAAGAAGCAGAGAAAGACCAGCAGGGCGAGAAGGCCAAGGGUCAGAAGAAGGACGAGCAGAUGGCCGCCGAUGCUGACGCCAAUGCUGACGAGCAUGACGCUGAGGAUGACAACAAGAUGGACCAGGACGAUGAGGAGGAGGCGGAGGACGAAGAGCCUGGUCCGGAGCAAGAGGACGCCAAGUUUGAAGACGAUCAGGUUAAGCAAGACCAAAACGUCGAAGAGAACGAUGCUCUUGAGAUGCCUGAGGAGAUGGACUUUGACUUUGAGGAAGAAGGCGAAGAUGCCGGCUCCGAGGAGGACGAGCUUGACAAGUUGUCCGACGUCGAAAAGGAAGAUGCUAAGGAGCAGCAUGAAUCCGAAAUUGAGGACGGAGAAGAGGAUACCCAGCGACCCGAUGAGAAGGGGCCAGAGGAGGAAGAUGAGGACGGCAAGGAGGAGGAAGCGCCCGAGGAAGAUCUCGCGGGCGAACCCGAGCUCGAAAUGGAGCCCAAGGCGGAGGAAGAGGAGGAAGAGACCGCCGAGCAAGAGCAGCCCGAUGCCCUCGCGGAACCGCCCAAGGACAACGCCAAUGCCGACGCCAACGCUGCGCCGAGCGACGUCAAGGGUGGCGGCCAAGACCAAGACGUUGACCAGAUGGACGUCGAAAACGACUUCAACAACAACGCCGCCCAGCGAGACGACGGCGACGCGGGCGAGGGUUCCGCGGAGCAGCAGACGAGCGCCGGAAAGAAGGGUCAACUCUCUCGGUCCGACGACCAGGCGCAGCCGACCGACCAGGACCAGGACGACUCGGCCGAGGAGAAGAGCCGCCAGGACCCCUUCAAGAAGCUCGGCGACGCCCUGGAGCGUUGGCAUCGCCAGCAGAACGACAUCAAGGAUCCCGAGAAGCAGGACGGCAAAGAGGACGGUGAGCAGAAGCAGCCGCAGGAUACCAGCGCGGACCUUGGCGCUCGGGAGUUCCAGCACCUCGAAGAUGACGAGACCGCCGUCGACGCGCAGGCCAUGGGAUCCGCAUCUGAGGACCAGGUGCAGCCGAUUGACGAGGCCAUGGCCAUUGACGAGGAGAAGGAGGACCCGCAGAGUCGCGUAAUGCCCGAGGACCAGGACGUUGAGAUGGAGCAGGACGCCGCUGACAAGAUGGAUACCGAGGCGGAUGAGGCUCCCAAGGCGCAGGACAAAGAUGGCGGCGCCGACAAGGAUGACGGCCGUUCAGGCGUCAAGACACGACAGGGCAACUUUGACCGCGAGCCGUCACCCGAGGAAGACGAGGUCCAGAGAGACGGUGACGAGGAGGAAGAGCAAGCCAUCGAAGAGACGUCGACGCAACUCUGGACGACGCACAUCAGCGAGGACGACAACACCUUACCCCUCGGCGACUUCUCCGAAGCCAUCCAGUCCUGGACGACCUUCCAGACCAAAACCCACCCGCUCUCCCUCUCCCUCACCUCCCAGCUCCGACUCAUUCUCACCCCGUCCCAAUCCACCAAGCUUUCGGGCUCCUACCGCACCGGCAAACGCCUCAACAUCAAAAAGAUCAUCCCCUACAUCGCCUCCUCCUACAAGCGCGACAAGAUCUGGAUGCGCCGCGCCGUGCCCACAAAACGCUCCUACCAGAUCCUCCUCGCCGUCGACGACUCCCGCAGCAUGGGCGAGUCUUCCUCCGGAAACCUCGCCCUCGAGUCCCUCGUCAUGGUCUCCCGCGCCCUGACGAUGCUCGAGGUCGGCCAAGUCGGCGUCCUCGGCUUCGGCGCAGACACCUUCCUCGCGCACGACUUCGCCUCUCCCUUCGCCUCCCACGACGCCGGCGCAAAAGUCCUGCAGCACUUCCACUUCAAGCAGGACCGCACCGACAUCGCCCUCCUGGUCCGCCGCACAAUCGACCACUUCCGCGCCGCGCGCCUGCAGAACCCGUCGCGCGGCGGCGGCGCAGAGGACCUCUGGCAGCUGGCGCUCAUCCUGUCCGACGGCCUGACGCCGUCGAACCAGCACGAGCCCAUCCGCCGCCUGCUCCGCGAGGCCAUGGAGGAGCGCAUCAUGGUCGUCUUCAUCGUCAUGGACGACACGGGCAACAAGAAGGGCGACAGCGUGCUGGAUCUCAAGGAGGCGAAGUUCGUCAAGGACGAGCACGGCGGUAGCCGCGUCGUGAUUGAAAGGUAUCUCGAUACCUUCCCCUUCCAGUACUACUUAAUUGUGCACAACCUCGAGGACCUGCCCGGCGCGUUGGCCGGGUUGUUGAGGACCUGGUUCGCCGAGGUCAAUUCGUGAAGGGAAACAUAAAAAACGAAAAGGAGGUACCAGGAAGAGAAAAGUCUUACGUGUAUUGGUGAUUUCGUGAUAACAUGGCGUUUGGGACAGGAUUCAUCAUUGUCAUUUUACUAUUUGCGAGAUUAGGACGGCGUUUAGGAAUGUGCAUUUUUUCAAAAGUUCUAGAGUUAGACAGAUAUUAAAAGCAAGGCAUUGCCA